AUGUCUACGGUCGAAAGCAAACGAAUCUGCCAAAUCAUCAAGCUGAAACCUGGCGCUGAGCAGGAAUACAAGGCCCUACAUGCCGCUGCAUGGCCGGGAGUCCUCGCCGCCCUCGCGCGAUACCACAUCGCCGACUACUCGAUACACUACUACGCGCCGCUGCGCCUGCUCGUCGCGCACUUCAAGUACACCGGCACGGACUAUGCCGCUGACAUGCGCGACAUGGCAGAGGACGCGGAGACGCGGAGAUGGUGGGCGUUGACGGACCGGCUACAGGAGAGCUUCGUCGAGGGCGCGACCGGGAGCGGGGGUGAUGCGCCGUGGUGGCUGGAUCUGGAGGAGGUUUUCAGAUUUGAGGGAUACGCGGCUGGGACGACGUCGAUGAGUUCGUGA